GCCAGCCUCGGACCCGCGCCCCCGCGCGGCGCAGGACCGCCCGGGAUCCCCGCCCGCGCGCCGCGUCCCCCGCCCGCCGCCGCCGCCGGGCCGCGCUGGAAGAUGGCGGGAUCGGUGGCCGAGGGGGAUGCUGUGGUGAAACUAGAUGAUGGGCAUUUAAACAACUCCUUGGGCUCUCCAGUUCAAGCCGACGUGUACUUCCCACGACUGAUAGUUCCGUUUUGUGGGCACAUUAAAGGCGGCAUGAGACCAGGCAAGAAGGUGUUAGUGAUGGGCAUCGUAGACCUCAACCCUGAAAGCUUUGCUAUCAGCUUGACCUGUGGUGACUCUGAAGAUCCUCCCGCUGAUGUGGCCAUUGAACUCAAAGCUGUAUUCACAGACAGGCAGCUUCUCAGAAAUUCUUGUAUAUCUGGGGAGAGGGGUGAAGAACAGUCAGCAAUCCCCUAUUUUCCAUUCAUCCCAGACCAGCCGUUCAGAGUGGAAAUUCUCUGUGAACACCCACGUUUCAGAGUGUUUGUGGAUGGACAUCAACUUUUUGAUUUUUACCAUCGCAUUCAAACAUUGUCUGCAAUCAACACCAUAAAAAUAAAUGGGGACCUCCAGAUCACUAAGCUUGGCUGAUGUUGUUUAAACCACCUGUAUUUCAAAUAGAGAAAGGUGCCACAGCUAUCUAUCAGUCUGGGAGAAGAUCCAAGCAAGACCUGGAGACUUAGAAAACAAAAUCAAAGGGCAAGCCUCACUCUCUUCUUUCUGUGUAGUUUAAACCCAAAGUGACAGAUUUCAACCAUGGUUUGCCCUUAGGAAGAAAGCAGUUGGAGCAAAAACACCGAGCCAUUAUUCCCAGAACAAAUACACUUAUGCUGGAUUUUACUGAGACUAACCUGAAAUGGAUUUGUUAUGAUUUGUGAUUUGAGAGCAAGUUACUCAUCUUUUCAAAGCAAGAUUAUCUUUAGAAACUAAAGUAUUAAAGACUUUAAACGGUACACCGAAAUCAAUUCAUUUCUGCACUGAAGAUGAAUUGUGUAGCACAACCAACAUUUUAGUCAGGGUAUUUACAUAGAAUGUAGGUUGUUCAAGGUGUGAUUGGUUUUUUUGUGGGUUUUUUUUUUUUUGCACAGCAUAAUGUUAAUUCAGAUUUUUAAAGCUUUCUUGUAGUUAUUUAUUUAUACUCAACUUAUGUAUAAGAAAAUGAUAAAUGUCUCAAGAACAGCAAGUUACAAACUUUUGAAUGUACAAAUAUCCUAAAUAUAAGGGGGGAAAUUGUUACAAUCAAGAAUCAGGUAAUUUCUACCUUAAAAAAUUGAAUUGUAUUCUACUUACCCCUUACCUUAGGAUCUCUUGAUAUAAAUUGCUGUAAGAGCUUUUGGGGAAACUGCAACAUUUUGAUAAAACUGCUUUACAAGUUAUUGAAGAUUACACAAAAUUCUAUUUACAUCGCCUUUUCUUGACUGUGAAUGAACACAGUACUGUCUUCCUUAAGACUAGUUAGCUACUUUUCCCUAGAUUUACAUAAUAACUUUUUAAGUUGUUAUUAAACCUAAUUGAAAAUAGGUGAUUGCAUAGACAAUUUUAAAUGACUAUUACAUAAACUAAAAAGCAUAGUAUGAAAAUAAUUCUGGAACGCAAUAUAAAGCAGAAGCAAGUGGCCCCAAAUAACUUACUUGGAAAUAAUUUAUAUCAACUGAAGCUGUUAGCUCAUUGUAUAACUUUUAUUAUGUGACCCUCACCAAUAUCCCUAUGUUAAUGCCUUUUGAGCUUUAGAGUAGAUGAUGCUUCCUACUGAGUUGGCAUUGCUGAGAUAUUAGGAUAGACAGGAUUCAGAUUAGAAAAUGAUCCAGUUAGUUUAUCUGGAAGGUGAAAUCCCAGGACUCUAGGUCCUUGAGUCUAGCCAGCCAAUGGUGUGAAGGCUUCCACCUGGGCUUGUGGGACUUUCCCAGCACUACCUCCAGGAGCAGCCCACGGUGUCACUCAAGGCGAGGAAGGUUUGUGUUCUGAGAACUGGACUUCGCAAACUGCAUUGGCCCUGGAGAGACCCUAGGCACUGCUUUGGUCAGGUAGUGGGGGGACGGGUUGCUGGGGCGGGGGUAUAUUUAUAUAUUAUUUAGGUUCUGUUUGUACAGCAUCUUGCGUCUUGUUAUGACACGUCCUUGUCUUGCUUUGCAUUUGAGUUCUGUUUUUACACAACAUGCAGAGGCACUGAAGUGGCCAUGUCCUCCCUACGUGCUGGGAAUGUAGACAGUGUUUCGGUACCAAAGUCU